GUGUGGUGCGUAGGCGGGAGCCGAGAGGGAGUCAGGCAUGUCCACUACCGCUGCGGCGCGCGCGUGCGGCGCCCGGUCGCUCAUGUCGCUGAUGCUACUGCUGCUGCUGGGCCUGGCCGCCUCGCUGCCGGGGGCGGUGCCCGCAGGUGGGGGCGGCGGAGGCGGCACGCCGGCCAGCCAGCACCUGCUGGUCUACCGACUCGUGCUGCACACCUUCUGGGACAGGGCGCGCUUCCCCAAGCACUUCCCGGACUGGAGGCCGCCCGCACAGUUCUCUGCACUCAUAGGUCGGUCGCACAGCGGGCAGGCGGCGCCGCUGUUCCGCGUGGGCGCCGUGGCGUCGCCGGGGCUGCGCGUGCUGGCGGAGACGGGCCGCGCAGACUUGCUGGACGCGGCGCUGGGGCAGCCGGCGGCCGGCGUCCUCGACCAGUUCACCGCACCACCCGUGCGCGCCGGCGUCGGCCGCACCGAGACGCACUUCUUCGUCGACACCAACCACUCCAAGGUGUCCGCCGUAAGUCGCAUCACGCCGUCUCCUGACUGGUUCAUCGGCAUAGACAGCGUCGACCUGCUGGUGGCCGGUUCCUGGCUGGACUCCAUCACUCUUGAGGCGGACCCGCUGGACGCGGGCACGGACAACGGCUUCACGUUCACAGCGCCCAACUGGCGCACCGAGCCGCCGGGCCCCGUCUACCGCAUCACCAGCCGCGCGCCCGCACACCCGGCCGGCUCCUUCUACUACCCACAGCUGGACGAGCUGCCGCCCAUCGCCACCUUCCAGAUCAUCAAGGUGCGGGAGUACCGUCUGGGGGCGGUGUUCGAGCACGCGGCCGACGACCUGCGCUACGAGCUGGUGGUGCCGCAGCCCGCUGCCACGCCGCCCCCGCCGCCCACCAACAACGACGACCUGCAGAACGAGAUCGAGCAGGAGCGUCGCGAGCAGGCGCCGGCGCCCGCCCCCGCGUCCACGCCGCCCCCGGCGCCGGCCUCCUCGCCGCCCACCAGCACGGCUGCGGCGACCAGCACCACCAGCGUCGCACCGCCGGCCCCACUGCCCCUCGUCAUCAAGCGCGGGGACAAGAAGGCGCUGCGCAAGCACAUCAUGCGCUACAACAAGAAGGCUGCCCGCAGGAAACUCAGGUCGGGCAUCCGCGACUGCCGAGUCGGCGACUGGUCGGCGUGGGGUCCGUGCAGCCAGUCGUGUGGCAUCGGCGAGAUGCAGCGGCGGCGGAAGGUGGUGCGCGAGGUGGGCCGGCGCGGCGGCAGGCCGUGUCCGCCUCUGGUGGAGACGCGCUGGUGCGGCAGCGCGCGCACCUGCGGCGCCGAGACGCGCGGCGGUUACUUCCACUGGGGCGCCGGCGCGCCCUAGCCGGGGGCCGCCGUCUGCUCCACAACCUCCCCGCCACCACGCACCUUCUGUAACACUUUGUGACUCCAUUUCAUUUGAGGAACCCUGCCUUCGACUCAUUCUUCACCAGACGUACCGCGCGCUACUGGGCACGCGUACUGUGUACGUGUUGACAGCGUAGCGUGUUACUUCGUUUGUGGUGUCGAUCCGAGACAGCGAGCUGGAGGGAUCGUUUCCAGAGCUACUGGAGAGCACCAGCUCGAGAACAAUUCUAGUGGCAUCAUUUGCGAGAACUGUAACAGUGUACCGAGUUUUUCAACAAGUCGGUGAAGUGCAGCACAGCGAAAAUUUCCAGGAACUCUUGUUAAGUACGUCCAAAAUCACAGGGUUACUACAAAAGCUUCUCCUUAAUUUAACACUAUACUCCAUAAACUAGAAACCAUGCGGAGAUUACUGACAACUGGUGGAUACUGCACAAGUUUUACCCACCGCGAUAUAAAUGCAGUAUGCAUCCUCAUCUCGUCAGCGAACACAUUCCUUUCUAGUAUUUGUACGUGGCGGAUGUAGGUUUCAGUAAGUUCCAUUCAGCGAUCUUCAAGAUUCAGCGUGGUUGCGGAGCUAAAUACUUCUCUUGCUCCAUCUCCUCCUACACUCCGCUAAUAUUUCUACACACGCGGUACUUCCAACGUUCUUCAUAACCUUUUUAAAUGUUCGAACCUUUCCUAGUCCUAUGGAUUUCGCCUCUAGCGCUGCAUACUUUUACAAGUUACGUAGUCCUGAAUGGCUUGGCAAGUGUUCAACCAAUAAGUUCUUUCUUUCCCUUAGUAUAUUCCAUCUACUUCUUUACUUAUCUAUUCUUCCGAUUACUUCUCUACCUCUACCGCGUCUGCAUCUCUAAUAUGCAUCACAUGGACAAAAAUUUCUAUACCAGUAAGUCUUAAAAGACAAAUUGUUAUCCAGACAGCAGCAACCCAUCUGCUGACGCCACUACCUCUAUUAUGCUUUGAGGUAAACUGAAACCACGAAUACUGAACUUUGAGAACGUCUCCCCUCUUAUCACGGAUGACAUUAGCGAAUGGACGAUUUAACUUCGGAUUCGCAACAUCCCGAAUGUCGGUAAGUCGUUUGUAGUAACUCUGUUCAAAUGACGAUAUUCACAUAUUUAACCGAAACCUUGUGCGGUCUUUCAACGUCACUGUAUUUUGA